AUGAGGUUGAUUCGAGAGCUGUUUAGUUGUGUAGGAGCGGAAGCUAUUAUUCAUGUUCCGCUUAUUGAGGACGUUACUAUUGAUCGAUUGGUUUGGAAGGAUGAAAAGGACGGAGAAUAUAGUGUUCGAUCAGGGUACCGUGUUUGGAAAAAUAGGUAUAAGCUUCCUAUUCCGGAGCCUAAUGACGUUAAUUGGAUUGGGUUGUGGUCUAUUUUUGCUCCUCCUCGAGUGAAACAUCUUCUUUGGCGAAUUUGCUCAGGAUGUUUGCCCUCUCGGGUUCGGCUAAGUCAGCAUCAUGUCCCUUGUCCACUUACAUGUCAGUUUUGUGGGGUGGCUGAGGAGGAUGAUUGUAAGGAGGAUAGGAAGGUAGUCGGCCGUUUUGCUAUGAUGGUAGAAAUUUUAUGGCAUAAUAGGAAUGAGUUCAUUUGGAACAAUGAAAAGGAGGAGGCAUCGAGACUUGGGUGGUUAGCUUUUCACAAGUGGCAAGAGUGGUGGUUGGCUCAAAAUUCUCAAGAUGACGAAAUGAUCCCCCUUCACAUUCAUCAAUGGAUUCCCUCCCCUCCUGAAGCGGAGGCUUUGGCUUUGAAGGAAGCUAUCCAAGGAGCUUUAGUACUCCAUCUUGAUCAUGUUGUUUUUGCAAGCGAUUCUCAACAAGUGGUGCAAGCUAUCCAUUCAAAUUCCAUAGGAGGGUCCGAGUUCAGUUUUAUCAUUCGUUUUAUUAAGUUGUUGUUACUUUAUUCUCCAAACUUUGAGUUUGGAGUUGUUGUUGUCACAAGACACUUUCGUUCUAUACCACGUGCUGCAAAUUUAUUUCGUAUCGACGGGAGUUUACAGAUAUGGUUCACUUAUGAUUAUGCCCCUUAA